AUGGCUUUACCCAACGACCUAAACUCAAAGCCAGAAAGCCCUGCCAAUGCUGGAACCGCGCUGUCAGAUUUCCUGCCCGUUCCUCACUCAACAGAACUAGUCACAAACCCCGGCAAGCAAGAUGUCUCAACUGCUCUUGCCGACGAGCCCACGCUAUCGCAUGCUCUCGCAAUGGACGACCACGAGGAAAAGGGUGCCUCGCAGCAGGACCAUGCCGAGGAGGAUGUGGCCAAUCUGGGGUGGAACGAAACAAAGGACCAUAUCGUUAAUCCCCUUAUCGGAAAUUUGGAGAAUGAAGAUCUCUGGCUGCUCAUCCGACGAUUUAAUAAGCAAAUGUACCAUGUCCGGGAAGUAUCCCAUGUCGUACCUGGGAAUUUGGACCUAAACAUCGCCUACGAGGAGGAGUUCUCGCCAGACAAGUUGCGAGCCACCAUCGAACGUCUAUACAUGACUGUCGUCAUCGGUCUCAUCAGCGUAGUCAAGCACCUAGCCCGUCUACGGUCUUGGCGGGAAACCAGGAGGACGACAGCAUUCUGUACGGCAUAUUUUGUUGCAUGGACGUUCGAUUUCAUCACCCCACUUUUGGCUGCCACGGUUAUUGCGUUGAUUAUCUACCCCCCUGUAAGAGCUUACCUCUUUCCUCCAGCUCCAAUUUCUCUCGUCAACAGCAGCUCUGGUGGUGUCCAGAAACCCAUAGCCGGAGUGCUGGGCAGUGUCAACAGUGCCACGGGCGCUCCCGAGAACCACAAGGGCGAAGCCGUCGAACAGGAGGCUAGCAACUUCUUCAACGCCAUCAGUUCCAUCUGUAUCACCGGCGCAACAGGAAAACAUCCCCAGUCCGAUCCGCACACAGACGAAAACGGUCCAGGGAAUGCCGUUCCCGACCCCGCUGGUAUUGCCAUGGGUGCUGCCGAUGCCAAAGACGUGGCGGCUGGCGGCACACUAAGCAAACAGUUUGACAAGACCAAAGUUCCAAUCGAAAACUUGAUGUGGACUCAAAUGCGAUCCGUCAUGCAUGGAAUCGCAGAUAUUUCCGACACGUGGGAGAGGUUCGCUAAUGCCCUUUCACCAACGACCCCCUUCCCCCGCGACGUUGCACGUAUGAGGCUUGCGACUCUGGUCGUGCCUCUUCUGGCCAUCUCCAUGUUUGUUACGUCGUACAUGUUCAUGAAAGGCAUGACGCUGGGCGCUGGAUUGGUUUUCUUCGGCGGUCCCAUUUUUACUCGAGGCAUUAAGCUGCUCGACAGGAACUUUCCCCAUUGGCAGAAACUGCUGGAGCUUCGCAAUACCGUCCUAAAGGGCGUGCCAACCAACGCCCAACUGACCCUUACGCUUCUUCGUGUUGGCGAAGCCAAUAAGGCGCCAUUGCCUCCGCCACCGCGUCUCUCUGAAGCCCCUCCGGAACAGCCGGUAGUCGUGACUGACGCGGACCUGCGCGCAACGGGAGCAGAGCCGCCCCUCAAUGCCACCGAAGCCGAACUUGAGCUUGCAAUGCAGUGUGAUACCGACAUCUCCCAUGAAAACGGUGACGAUGACAUUGAUGCCACAAAGAAUUCAAAGCAGGGUAGGAAGGGGAGCAGAAUCCUCGGCUUUUUCAAAAGUACUACUAAGGGGCUCGUCAAAUCGGCCAUCAGAGCAGACGCGAUGCGUGCCAAGGCAGGCUCUAAACCUGCAAAGGCACGCCUGGGCGCUGUGAUGACAGCCAAUGACAACCUGACAUCGGGACCGAUUGAAUUCAAAGCUAGAUACAAGGGCCACAAGGGACACGUCUACAUCAGCACCAAGGCCACCAUCCCCGCCGUGGCUUUUAGCACCGACGUCACCAUCGAGAAAGUUGGAACUGUAGACCGAGAAGACCUGCAUCCCGGCUGGAGCAUCGCUGUCAGCGACAUCAAGGAGCUCAAGAAGAUUGGUGGCUACGGGUGGAAGGCCAAGAUCGCUGUGGGAUGGUCCCUGGGCCGCGAAAUUGCCGACGGUCUGGAGAUCACAGAUAGGAUGGGUGUUGUAUGGGAGGUGACAGCACUGCCCCUGAGGGACGAGUUAUUCAACCGCCUCAUUGCCAUGGGGGGCCAGAAGUGGGAGGCUUGUGCUAGAAUGUGGGCGGUAUAAUUGGCCCAAAGCAGUUACUUAUCAGCUAUACGACAUUACACGAUACCUAACUCGAUUAUUUUGGUGGCAACAUGAUAAUCGGAGCAUAUGGCGUACUACGUAUUUGGCAGAGAGUGUCUCUAUCUGUGACUUGGAUAAUGAUGUACAGAAUUCGAACGUAUAUUAGACCCGGAUUCUCUACGGGAACAUCCGGAGGUACACAGGCUGAGGGAACCCCUCGGGGACACGGGGAAACCUCAGAUCAACUGCUGUAACCGGUCGAGGUCUUAGUUGUGGUGGAUCAUAUGGGGCACUGCGUGGGGAAGUUACGAGAUCAAUGCACCUAACCUGUACAUUCCUGUGACAGGAUUGGUGUGGUUUUCUGCGCAUACUUGGGCGACCGGAUGCCUACGAGCUAUCUAAGUGUGAUUCGUGGUCUACAUAUUGGGUUAAGUACACGAUUGACUUGGGACAUAGUGGGGAAAUAUCC